AUGUCUAGACACAGUUUUAUGUGUACCUGCUCGUCUGGUUCGUCUUCCGCUUCUUCUUACACUUCGUCCUCGCCUUCUCAUUCCCGAUCCACAUGGGCUGUGCCGCUGUCUGCGGUCUACGCGAAGCUCAGGCGAGAAGGAGAACGUCUUCACCGCCAAGGAGGAGGGUCAAAGAAGAAGAGCGCAGGCCUUGGCCUCUGGCUAGCGCCAAAGACUCUUCCUGCCUCCACUAAUUGUCCAGCGGGGGUUGUUGUCCUACUCUAUUUUAAGGGCAAACAAUGGAGCAACACGGGUGUGCAUGUCUCUCAUUCUCCUUGUCCUCAACUGCGCCAGUCAGUGAGGGAAAAUUACGAGUUACGUAUGCCUCCUCUUGCGAACUCGAUGCCUGGUGAAGCUGCUGGAAGUUGUGACAACACCAGCACUGCCCUGGCACUUGCUUCGUCCCCGCAGUCAUCACCCGUUCCCCCCCUGUCUGCGUCGGAACCGGCGACGGUCCCCGCUCCUCCCGCUUGCUCUUGCUCUGCUCAUUCUGCAUUGCCACUGUUAGUCCUCACUGUGGAAGAGGCAUUCUUCUUCCUCGCAGGAAAGCAUCCGCAUGCAGCGGGGUCUCCGUUAGUCAUUUUUGACGCUCAGACGGCCCAGCAACUGAACGCCGUAGAUCUUCUUCUCGUUCUUGUCCAGCGUCUUCCUCCACCCAUAUCUCAGCAGAGUAACUCAGUGCAACAUUUUCGACAAGGAGCCAAAACAGCAGGAAAUGACGAAAUCGGCGGCUGUGAUCGACAAAUUCAUCUGGGAGGCAAAGUUGUCGCGAAACGCGGCAGACAUUCACCGCCCCAGACACCAGGAUACAUCCCGUCUGGUGAACAGGCCACAGUGGUCCCGACGCCCCACCGAAGGACACCAAAAUGGAGAGGCGCGCAGGACGAAUGCACAGAUCAGACUGGAGACAAUGUGGAAAGAAUACCAGCUGGUGAAGAGAGAUUGAUCGGAGAGCAGCGCAACAUUAAACUUGAAGACGGAAGCACUUUUACUUCUUGUGAAGAGGCAGAGAUGCCUUCUCCUGGGGUUGCGGCUCAGCUGCGUUUGACGUAUCAAGAGCUGCAGGUAUACCUACAGCUUAAGUCUCUAGGAUUGCCGAUCAGAAACAGUCACAGUUCCGAACUUGCGGCUGCAGUUCGCCUGUGCCCGAUUGAAGUUUCUUCGCGAUUCCUCUCUCCGUUAUUUCCGGACCCACGCUAUUCGGUAGGGAUUUCUCACUCCCCGGCGCCGAUUUCACACGGCUCGUUCUCCGGCAACGAAGGAGGUAAACCUAGUCAACGAGAAGAGGGACGCAUGAAGAGGGCUUCAGACUUGGCGUUUCGUACUGUGUAUGAAGAGCCUUGCCAGCGUUCCCCGUGGGUUCUACUUCUUGAGAGGAGGCAGAGUCUAACGAAAGAAUUCGAUAAAUCUCCAGGGGCUGCACGUGCUCCUCAUCCCCCCUCCAGGCACCUAGGGUUUUGCCUUGCCAUGGAGGAAGAGGAUUCGAGUUUCUCUGAAGCCGGCAGCCCUGCCGGCGGCACCGGUGACGAUAGCUGCAGUGACGAGCUGACAGACAGUGAUUGCGGCAGUCCAGGAGAGAUGGUUGUAGUGUCGGAGGUGGGAGAAUCGCCAACACCUCUGACGGGGCAAAACAAAAGACGCGAUAGACAAGGAAGUGAAGGAAGAACUGGGAUACGUCAAGAAGCUGGCGACACGACCGACGGUACAGGUAGGCUUCCUGUCUUCCCGGUCAGCCCCGAAGCAACUGCUGUACCUGUUCUGCUGUCUCAUUUUGGUAGCAUGUCUCCAAGUGAAGCUACACAGAGUAGAGCUCUCUCCGUUAAACGAAGUCGGAUGUGCACAAGGGAAGAGAACGACGACGGCGGUACUAAUGAUUACGUGGCUUCUUUCAUGACCCCAACCUGCGGAGACGACGCACGGGAAACGGAUCCCACCAAACGGAACGUUGAGUCUUCAGAAAGAGAGACCUCACUAAGGUCAACGGGCAUGCAAAAUAGCUAUGAUCCCAAACGUGUGCAGCUAAAAGAAUGGAGCAGCGUAGAAAACCGUGAAGCCGGCAGUCCAGAUUGUGUCAGUCAAAAGGGAACCGAAGAAGGCAAAGACCUACCCGACGGCGACCCUCACAGGGAUAAUGAGCUAUGCAAGAAAGCAUCAAAGACAAAGACGUGUGUGUCGGGGCGGGAGUCAUAUCAAAAGGAGCUGAUAUCGACGGCGAUAUUGGUCGCCCCCACGUCCGUCGAUGGUGGUGUCACUUUCCUUAUGGCACAGCAAAUGGCGGUCCUCUAA